AUGUCAUUUUGUUUGUGCAUCAACAAUCUUUUUCAUUUAAUCGAAUUUAUUUACUAUUUUUUAUUGAUAUUUUAAUUAUUUUACUUUUACACUUUCGUUUUUAACUACAUUUCCUAAACUAGACAAGAAUUUAUCUUUGCUUCAAACAUAUGUAAAAUCUGGCGUUUCAAAUUAACCGCGGUUACUUGGUAUCGCAACAGGCCUCUAAAUUUAAAAUUUUGUUUUUGUCAACAAGUUGCUUUUAUUGUUUACAUGCAUCUUUUAUUUUUUUAUCAUCAUAUUUUUUAAACUUCAUCGAUAAUGGCACCAAGAGUAGCUUCUUCCAGGAAAAUGGCUAUCAAAUUUGCCAAUAGAAUAUCCAGGAAAAGAAAUAAUCUACAAAAUGGCAGCCGCAUUACAAAGGGUCAGCUUAUCAGACAAAACAGAGAACUUCAAGAAACAUUGAAAUGUUUCAUGGACCAAUUUGAAGAACUGCGAUCUCUAUACUUAAAUGUUCAAAGUAAAUUCGAUCUCAUGAAAGAGAAUAACCGAGAUCUUGCUUUUAAAUAUGCUUGUGCAACCCAUGAAAAUGAAUUACUUAAAUCCAGACUAGACCAAAUUUCUAAAGAACAGUUCAUCAAAAUUUCCUCUUUUAAACGGGAUCACAAUUUAUUCAUGGAAAACUUGCAUGACUUAAAGGGUCAGUUCAAUUCAUUUAAUGAUCGAUUCAAUGAAGUUAUGGACGAAUUCACUAACCACGAUCCUGCGUCAAUAUUUCAAGAAGAAUUUGAAAAAACUUUAUCGCUUUCAGAUAUCUCUAAUCUCGAAGACCUCAUGUUAUCUAGAAGGAAAAGAUCAAGUGGAAGAUCUGAUGAGCUUGAUCGACAAGCAAGAGUUAAAGAAAUACUUAAUCAAAUAUAUUGUGAAAGGAUAGACUUGACAGCGAUGAGCGAGGAACCAAGUAUCAUAACUAGCUCACCAGCUCCAUCAAAUUUAAAUAAUUCUACCUUCAGCAUCAACUCCAAAAAGAAUGAAUCUCACUGUGAAGACGCUGAUAAUCAGCUUUGUUCAACUUUAUUAGAGCAGACGACAAAUGCUUCAAUGUUAGAAACUCCCUCAUUCAGACGUAUAGUGCCUCGAACUCCGCUACUUAAUUCAACUGAUGUCGAUCUUUCCUCACCAGCUGACAAAGAUAGUUGGAUGUAUAAUUCUGAGAUUUACAAAGCCACCCCGAAAGAAGCUGUUCUUUCAACAAGCCUUGAUUCUAUUCAAAAUUUCGUGCCAAAAACUCCUAAGUUAACUCAACCUAUGGCUAACUCAUCGAACUGCGAUUCCACAACUACAAAUAAAUCACAAGUGAAUCGUUUAAGCGUUGCCUAUCCUGAACAAAGUCCGAUUACCUCUUACUGUACCAGAGCUUCAAGGAGACUUUUGGAUUCCACAUUAUCAAUAAGAGCAAGUUCAGAAAGUAACACAAAUAACCUGAUAGAUGAAAGUAAAAACGACUCGACAAACGAAGAAAAACCUAUUCGUAGAUCAAAACGAGCUAGAAAAAACGUUCAACGUGUUAAUAUCAAUAAAAUGUAGCAAAUGUGAAUAGUCAAAUUAAAUUAAAAUGGUUUUGAUUUAGGUCAACCAUUGGUAACAAAAAAGUAAUACUUGGCGACAUUGAAAUUACAAAUGUAAAUAACAAAAGUGUAAAUGUAAACAUAAAAGAGUUAAACCUAAAUUCACUUAUAAUGAACAUAGCUCAAGGUAAUUUACAAAUUAUAAUACUAAUGGAGUAAUAGGUGAAUAAAAUAGGAAAAAUACAACAAAACUAUGCUUUUGUUUUGUUAAUGUCGAUUAACAUGAUUUACCUUCAAAUGAAAGCAGAUGGUUAAACAUUUAAUGGCAACUAAUAACUGUCAAGUUGAUUCAAUUGUCACCACAAUUUAUUGGCAUUAUCUUCAUUAUCAACAACUCUGAUCAACAUCAUCAAUUCCUUUACUAGUUGGAAACAAUUUUCUUCAUUUUUGUUUAUCCAUUUAUAACACAUUCUAACAUUGACUCUCUCCUCUUCUGCGAGACAAAAAACAACGACAUCAACACCGAAACAAAGAAGACGUUUUUAGCUUUUUUGUAUCAACUUAAACUUUAGUUUUCAACCAUAAUAAACAAUUAUAAGAAAUUAUUUUGAUAUAAUUAAAGUUAA